AUGAGACUCGCAGCGAGUUUAGCUCUGUGCGGCCCACGCCGCCAAUGGCUGGCGGUGGCGCCUGCAGAGCUGAGUCUGUCCGCCCUGAAGAUUGGCAAAUGGUCUGACAGCCGCUGGAGUGACCUGUUCCAAUGUAACGUGAUGGAAGGAGCGGCUCCACCAUCGCUCAUCCUAGGCGCCGAUAAUCAACACAAACUUAAAUCCGCUUUCCGCCCGUCAAGAUCAAUUAAACAACAUGAAUGCAGCCCGGACACCCCGCCAAUGGACCAGGCAGCCGAGUGCGCAAAGAACUCGCACGACACGCAGCGCGUAGCCGUGCUGCUCCUCCUCCCCCUCAGCCUGCUCUUCCUCGCGGCCUGUCUCGGCGCCAUCGUCGCGCUGGCCGUCCACGGGCCGGUCCUCGUCCCGCAGCAGGACACGCGGAUCACCAGCACCAUCAUCUCGGCGAGCAGCAAGCUCGCGACGCUCGUCAUGGGGCUCGUGUUCGCGCGGUCGGCGUGGGCGUCGGGCGUGGGCGACGUGGUGCGCGGGCGGCCGAUGACAGCACGCAAGCUCGUGGCCGCGUGCAGGCCGUUCCUAUCGCUCGAGCAGCUGCAGAGCUUCGGCGCGCUGCCGGCGCCGUUCCGCCUGCACGUGGCCGCCGGCGGGCUGUGUCUCGCGGCCAUGGUCGCGACCUCGCCGUCGUUCCGCUACGACUCGCUGCCCACGGCAGGCUCCAGAGUGGCGCUGGUGCCCGACGUCGCGUUUGCGUGUCCGGCGGACAAGGUCGCGCAGACAGGGCUCUUUAUAUGCGACCAGGGCGGAUCGAGGCUGAACAUCCUGACCAACACGUCGCUGCACGCGUGGGACUACAUCGGCGAGGUCAACUCGGGGGGCCAGCGCACCGUGGCCAAGCAGGGCCGUGUCGGCGAUGAAUCGCUCGGCGCCAACGUGACUCUGGCCACGCUGCCGGCCGGCUGGAAGCUCGACCCCGGCGGCGGCGGCAGCGGCAACAAUCUCCCGUGGAUGGCCAUGUCGGUGUCGUGCCGCGCGCGCGCCAUCUCGGUGGGCUUCGCGGGCAGCGGCUACCGCAGCAACGCGAGCGUGUUCCUCGACGGGGACCUUGCGGCCGUGUUCGACAUUGGCGCCAUGCCGCAGUGGAACGCGGCCGUGCACCUGCUGCUGCGCGUCAACGAGUCGGACAGCGCGUUCAGCAGCCUCGGCGAGUACGACGUCAUCAUGCUGGGGCGCGACGAGGACCAGCCCGGCGGCAGCAGCAUGAUGCCCGGGCUCGACAUGGCCAGCGUGACGCCGCUGGGCUCCGCCGUGCUAGACCUGUAUGGAUACGGAGCCAUCGAACAGCCGCUGGCGGGCGCGGCCGCGCGGUGCACCUUCUGGGCCGACGCCGGCGGCGGCUGGCCGCCGGGCCCCCUGUGGCCGCCGCUCAACCACACGACGAACACGGUGUGGGGCGCGCUCGUCGAUGACCGCCCGACGCCCGCGACCGCCAUGCUCAACUACGGCGCCUCGUGGCAGUACACCAUCGUCAGCGACAACGACGUGCCCGGCGGCUCCGUGGCGUACAUCGCCAACAACACGGGCCCCGGCGUCGCCUUCCACCACCUGCUGGCCGCGUACAUCCGCAACCAGUGGGCCCUGGCCGCCUACGCCGUCUCGCGCCACACGUACUACAAGCUCGAGCGGCCGUUCGCCGGCACCGGGCCCGAGCAGCUGUUCGUCUCGGCGACGCUGGUGGCUGCGUUGCCUGCGGCGGCCCUGGCCGUGGCCAUGGCCGUGGCCGCCCGCGCGUGCGUCGCCGCCUGGGGCCUGGGGUACUGGAUCAACCGCGUCGAGUUUGGAGGCUGGUGGCUGCUCAAGGCGGCGAGGCCCGAUCUCUAUGGCGCCGGCUUCGCGAAUGCUACUGAGGGCGCCUUUAUGCAGUCGUGCGAGGCCGUCGACGUGCAGUAUGUCGAUGUCAAGCCGCGUGACGGCGUCGGCCAGUUGCUGCUCCGGCGCGCGGGAGAGGGGUUGGAACCGUUCCAGAGGGGGCGCGUCUAUCAGUGA